AUGAGAUCCCGAAUCCUCCGGCGGGCGACUUACCAGUUCUCCGAGGCACGAGCUGGGUGGGAAUCGGACAGGAAUUGGCUGGGUGUCCGAGUCGUUGACCCGGCCCUACUCGUUCCGGCUGGUUCUAUAUAAGUGGGAUCCGCUUCCCUAGGCCCCUGCCAACAAAUCCCCUUGCCUUCCUGAACUCGAGGAAGUCUGCAUUCUGCAUUCUCCGUGCUUCCCCUCUGCGGCAGCGGCGAUCGAUUGCCUGGUCUUCUGCUGGUGGUUAGGAAGUUCUGCGACUCCGAAUCUCCAGUCUCCAUCUGCCUCUUGUUCGCUGCAUUGGUUUUGCCUGUGAGAGCCAGCCUGUAG